GGGCUCAUUAACAUGUAACACAGGAAGUAAACGUCUGCAAUGAAACUCCACUGAUUUGUGGCAAAUGUAUUUGUCUUGCGGAUUACACUUAACAAAGAUGUGGCCGCCUAAACUGCACCACACCUUCAGAUGAAGACCCUCAUCUUCUGCGCUUGGGUGGUGUUUUACGUAUCCUUUCUUCUGGCAAUGAGAAGGAUGUGGACUGGAAAGUAUGUUCGCAGUCCACUUGCUCGUUCUCUGUUCAUGAACAUGGUGACUGAGAGUGACAUUACUGGACAUGAAGCCCAGAAGUGGUACGAUUGCUGUCCAGACAUGCUUGGAGAAAAAGUUCAGUCUGUGUUUGUGCAGAGCCAUCUGGAUGCUGAGACACAGGAUUUUCUCCGCAGGAGUGUAGAGAAAUCCAGUUGGCUUUUCACCCAGCUGUACCACUCACUGUUCUCCACCGUCUUAAGCCCCAUUAUUUCUCGAACAUCGAUCAAUGGCUUUCUGGGACGGGGUUCCAUGUUUGUCUUUUCAAAGGACCAGUUUCGACGACUCCUCCGGAUCAGUCCAGACUGGAAAGCGGAAAGACUGUUGGAUCUGGGAGCCGGCGAUGGGGGUGUCACGGAAGUGAUGGGCUCUCAUUUUAAUCAGAUAUAUGCCACAGAAGUCUCUACGCCUAUGAAAUGGCAUCUCAAAAGAAAGAAUUACAGCUUGUUAGGGAUAGAUGAAUGGCAGAGAACAGGGUUCCAGUAUGAUCUGAUCAGCUGUCUGAACCUGCUGGACCGGUGUGAUGAACCACUUAAACUACUGCAGUACAUCAAGCAAUCCCUGGUGCCUGGAACAGGGCGGCUCAUCCUUGCAGCUGUGCUGCCUUUUCAGCCUUAUGUAGAGACAGGUGGAAAUUGGGUACGACCAAAGGAGCAUAUCAAGGUCGAGGGCAAGACGUGGGAAGAACAGGUGACACACCUGACCACAGAAGUGUUCCAGAAGAUGGGGUUUGAGGUGGAGGCGGUCACACGCUUGCCGUACUUGUGUGAGGGAGAUAUGUACAAGGAUUACUAUGUGCUGGAUGAUGCAGUAUUUGUAUUAAAACCUCAGAAUUGAAGUUUUCAAUUUCUGCUCUAGAACUGAAUUAUUUUAGGUAGACAAAUUUUAACAUUUAAAUUAAAUGAAAGGGCUUAAUGUACCAGUAAGUAUAAAUGAAUUAGGUUUCUUGUCUGUUACAUCUCAGGAAAAUGACAACUUUGAGCAACAUAUGUUUUUCAAACUUAUGGACUGUACUGUAAUUGUACUGCAGGUGUAGUACUAUUGGUUGGAGGUAUUUCAUGUAGCGGAAAAAGCACAAAUUAUACAACAUAUGAAUUCUGUGAAUAUGGAGGUAUUAAGGACUCCAAAUCUCAUUACUGUGGUUCUCCCUGUAAGUUUUCUAUGUUUGUUUUGCCCGCUAGUAUAAACUGAAUUUCUCAUGUGUCUCUAUGAACGUUUUUUGAAACAUUUUAGGACCAAUGUAAAGCAUCUUUUUUUCUUAAUGUAUUAACAAUAUUCAAUAAAAUUAUGUCUGUUGUUCGAUGUAGUACAUGUAAAGUGACUAAUUCAUGAAACACAAGCAGAACUAAACCAUUCUUGCAUUCAGUUCACAUGCAACAAUUUAUAACAGAUUUAUAAAAGAUUUAGACAGAAAGGCGUUCUACGCAUGUUUCAUCAAUGAGGUCCAAAGUGUCUGAAUAUAACAGUAUGUAAUUAAUAGUUAAUUACAUGGUUGGGUGUGAUGCUCUUUUAGUGUAGCUACUUAUUUUUCCAGUGGUGAAUUUAUUCUCGUGACAUUGAUCUAAUCAAUCACCUGGCUAAACCAUUACUGUGCAAUAAAACUCUUUUGGUCUCAGUA